AUGCUGAAGGUUGCACAUCCGGCUUCCCUUCGAGACGGGCCACACGCAGAAGCAAAGGGCGCAUUGAUCGUGAACGAAGAAGAUUGGCCCGACCCCACGGGCCGCACCCUUGCAAACAUAUAUCCACAGAUCAGACGGGAAUUAGGAAUAAACGCAGGGGCUUCUUCGAAUGGAGACCAUGACCGGAGAACUCGUGUAGCGAUCUUUGCUCUUGUCAAGUUGCACAUCGUCCUACAGCAGCCUCCAUCGAGUGUUAGAAGCUUGAGUCAUGGUAUCAAGAUUCUGUCAGCAGCGCACGCGUGUGCAUUGGCCGCUUUUGACCUUCCCUCCACCCAAGUCGCUCCAACGCUUUGGACACUGCAUUUCAUCGUCUUAGAGCAAAGUAUGAAUGAGCUGAGGGCUUUAGAAAGAUUUCUUUCCAGCUCGCCCGGUCAUGACGGAUCUCCUUUAAUUUACGCCUUUGAUCUCUCCGACCCUACCGACGACAUACUUGACGCUCUCAUCGCCACAAUGUCCCCUGAGGAGCCAAAUUCUCUCUCGCAAAAGGGAUUGCACAAUAGCUCGCAAGCACAAGAGGGUAUCGUUGAACCUGAUACGAUCACGCUUCCUGAUCCUAGUGUACCACACGCAAUCAACACAAAAGUCGAUACUGCGCAAUACUCAGCUGACGCCAUAUCGGCUUACAGCCACGAUAAGGAAGUACCUACGGAUAAGCCGAUGAUCUUGCGGGUGGCUCAACAUGACCCGAAGAAGUUAUUGAAAGACUUGCGAUGGAGCCAGGCAAGAGUCCGCAUCUUUGCCUUGAAUGAAGAUCGACAUACACGAUAUCGCAUAGUAUUCGAACGCGAAGGCUGCCUCACUACUUACGAUGUCACGCCUCACACCGACCGCCUCGUCCUUGGGUAUGCCUUCAAUAUACAACCUUCGGCAAUAUGGUUCCUCAAGGAUGAAAAACCUAAUUAUUGUUUCGCAAGUUGUAACGCCGGGAAAGAUGGGUUACACGAAGAUCUACUUACUUUCCAGGCGGAUUUAAUGGCUCCAAUCAUUCCAAUCCACUUCCCAUUCGUGAGCUCUGUUGCUUUCCAAGAUGGUCACACCACACGACCCCACCUGUUACGGCAGCCCAUCAAUGAAGAGAUCGCUAUCAAGUCUGAAACGGUUGCCACCGAUAUCGUGAUUGGCAACAGAUCUAGAAAGAAGAAAUUAUCUAUCUAUAGGCUAUGUAUGGAAGAUAAUCAGCUUCCUGGUUUGGUUGUCGACUCCAACCAUUCCGACAGGCCACAGUCGAUAGCCAAGCUCAAGCUUUCGUGCUCCACGGUAAACAUCUCAUUUCCAAAUAAGCGAAGUAAGUGUCUGAGUUGA